GGUAAGAGCGUCUCCAAAAGCAACUUCCUGUCGGGGCCGGAAGCAGAGUUGUGACAUCAGAGCGACGCGGAGGUCAGAAGCCCUCUCUUACAGCCAUCUUGGAUCCUGUGCCCUGAACAAUCCAGAAUGCCAGGCGAAGCCACAGAAACUGUCCCUGUUACAGAGCAGGAGAUGCAGCAGCCCCAGGCUGAGACGGCCACACCUGCUGCUGUGGCCCCUGCUCCCUCUCAGGCAAAGCCUAAAGAGGGGAAAACUAACCCCAAGCUGUCCUCUUCUCCUCACACCACCGCUUCUAAGCCAGUUCCUGCUGGACGCAGGAAACGCUCCUCUCUAUCUGCCUCCUCAAGCUCCCCUACCUCUCCUAAAUCUGCCUCUGGCCCUCGUCCUACCCCUCCAGCUGACUGUCCUGUAGCUGGGAAAGCUGAGCAGACUGCUCCCAAGGUGGUAAAGGCUGGCAAACAAGGGAAGCAACAGAAAGCAAAGAAUUUUAAACCUGCUGAACCUAAGCAAGCAGCUCCCUCUGCCUCUAAGCCUGCUCAGGAUCCUGCAGCAGUUGCAGCUCUGCCGUCUCUUGCUAUACCAGUACCAGAGGUAGCAAAAUCAGCAGGAGAUGGAAAUGCUUCCCCUGUCUCUCCCAAAGUUGCUGUGGCUCCUGUUGCCUUUAAAGUAACCUCUAAAUCUGCUGCCCCAGCACCAAAGUCAUUUACAGAAGCUGUGACCUCCGGUCAACCCAAAGUGGCUGAAGCCCCCAAGAUUGCCCCUGAAGCUCCAAAAGUAGCAAUCCCUGCUGUUUCAGAAGCCAAGACUCCUUUGCCUUCAAAAGCAGCUGCUAAGCCUGGCCCUGCCCAAGUGCCAAAUGUGAAUCCAGCCAAUGCUGCUCCCACAAAACCUGCUCCUGCAGCAUUUGAGGAUGAUGAUCUCCCACCUCUCUUACCACCUGAGAAUCCUUUUACAAUGCCUGCUUUCCCCCCUAUGCCACCUAGUACAAUUCCUGUAGUUACCCCACCAGCUCCUAAAGUAGAACCUGUCUCUACCAGUAAAGUUGAAUCUGCCCCUAAAUCUAAGGCUGCUCCCAAAGCUAAGCCAGCUCCUAAGAUUGAACAGAAAGCAGCACCUGCCCCAAAAGUUGAGGCUGUACCUAAAAUUUACCCUAUCCCCACCCCUAAAGUUGACCCUACUCCUGCCUCUAAAGUUGCAGUCACUUCUGUCCCUAAGACGGAGGCUGCUCCUACACCUAAAGCUCAAGCUGUUCCUAAGGUUGAGGCUGCUCCUGCACCUAAAGAUAAAUCUUCCCCAAGCCCUAAACCUGAGCCUGUUCCUGCCUCUAAAGCUGAGUCUGCUCUUGCCGCUAAAGUUAAGCCUGUUGCUGCUCCCAAAGCUGAGGCUGCUCCUGCACCUAAAGAUAAAUCUUCCCCAAGCCCUAAACCUGAGCCUGUUCCUGCCCCUAAAGCUGAGUCUGCUCUUGCCGCUAAAGUUAAGCCUGUUGCUGCUCCCAAAGCUGAGGCUGCACCUAAAGAUAAAUCUUCCCCUAGCCCUAAAGCUGAGCCUGUUCCUGCCCCUAAAGCUGAGCCUGUUCCUGCCCCUAAAGCUGAGCCUGCUCCUGCCCCUAAGGUUAAGGCUGCCCUUAAAGCUGACUCUGCUCCUACCUCUAAAGUUGAGGCUGCUACUGCAGUUACAGUUAAGCCUGUUGCUGCUCCUAAAGCUGAGACGACGGCUGCUAAAGUUGAGGCUGUUCCUGCCCCUAAAGUUAAGCCUGCUCCUGCUUCUAAAGCUGAGGCUGCUCCUGUCCCUAAAGGCAAGCCUACCCCUAAAGUUGAGGCUGCUGCUCCUAAAGUUGAGGCUGCUGUUCCUAAGGUUGAGUCUUCUGCUCCUAAAGUUAAGCCUGUUCCUCCUCCUAAAGUUGAGGCUGCUCCUGCCCCUAAAGCUGAGCCUGCCCCUGCUUCUAAAGCUGAGGCUGCUCCUGUCCCUAAAGGCAAGCCUACCCCUAAAGCUGAGGCUGCUGCUCCUAAAGUUGAGGCUGCUGUUCCUAAGGUUGAGGCUUCUGCCCCUAAAGUUAAGCCUGUUCCUGCCUCUAAAGUUGAGGCUGCGGCUUCUAAAGUUGAGGCUGCUCCUGCCCCUAAAGGAAAGCCUAAACCUAAAGUUGAGGCUGCUGUUCCUAAGGUUGAGUUUUCUGCCCCUAAAGCUGAGGCAACCCCUAAAGUUAAGCCUGUUCCUGCCCCUAAAGUUGAGGCUUCUGCCCCUAAAGUUGAGGCUUCUGCCCCUAAAGUUGAGGCUUCUGCCCCUAAAGUUGAGGCUUCUGCCCCUAAAGUUGAGGCUUCUGCCCCUAAAGUUGAGGCUUCUGCCCCUAAAGUUGAGGCUGCCCCUACCCCUAAAGCUGAACCUGUCCUUGUCACUAAAGUUGAGCCAGCCCCUGUUCCCAAACCAGUUAAAGCCCCAUCCAUACUGGAGCCAGUCAUCAAGAACGACAAGGGUUCUGGCACUGAAUCUGACAGUGACGAAUCUGUUCCUGAACUGGAGGAGCAGGACUCUGCACAGACACAAACACAGCAGGCACAGCUUGCAGCUGCAGCUGAAAUCGACGAGGAACCAGUCAGCAAAGCAAAACAAAGCAGGAGUGAGAAGAAAGCCAGAAAGGCCAUGUCCAAAUUGGGGUUGAGACAAGUUGCUGGUGUUACCAGAGUAACCAUUCGCAAGUCCAAGAACAUUCUCUUUGUCAUCACCAAACCAGAUGUCUACAAAAGUCCAGCUUCAGAUACUUACAUUGUCUUCGGUGAGGCCAAGAUUGAAGAUCUGUCCCAGCAAGCUCAGUUAGCAGCCGCAGAGAAGUUCAAGGUUCAAGGAGAAGCCGUUUCAAACAUCCAGGAAAACACACAGACGCCCACAGUACAGGAGGAGAGCGAAGAGGAAGAGGUUGAUGAGACCGGAGUGGAGGUCAAGGACAUUGAGCUGGUCAUGUCACAGGCCAAUGUAUCCAGGGCAAAGGCUGUGCGUGCACUGAAGAAUAACAAUAAUGACAUUGUCAAUGCUAUUAUGGAAUUGACGAUGUAGAUGGAGAUCAGGGACCGGGUCACAUUAAGAUGUUGCUGAUUUGAUCUACACUAUUGUUUGUACAAUUUAUACCCAAGAGAAAUAAAGGCGUGGCUUGAUGAAAUGAAA